CAAACUUCGAAGUUGAAAUGCUCCAUGCUCCAACCCCCCAAUAUCGCAACAUCUCAUGACGCGUGUACGGAGAGAGGCGAAUUGAAGCUUGUAGCGGGAGAAACGCUUGCCAUAAUGCAGUGACGAUGAAUUAUGUGAAAAUUUGAAUCAUUUCACACUGCUAGCGCCUUAGCGACUAUAAGUUAACGUACAUUUGCAUUCCUCUCAAACUUUGCCCCCGAAGUGCUGGCACUUACUGUAACUGAUGUCUGAGUCUGAACACGACAACCGUUUUUCAGCCCAGUCAUGGGUUGGAGCUGUCAUUGAAUUCCUCCGACAGUUGCCUCUUCCGAGUCCGGGCUGGUGGCAAGAUCAGGCGCAUUCCACCAACCGUCAGACAAGUGGUAUUCUUACGGGACAACUAGAAGGAAGGGGAUCCUAUCCUACAACAUACGGAGGGUAUUGUGAUGUGUGGAAGUGCAGCUGGAGGAGGAAGGAUUCCGGAACCAUUGGGGUAGCAGUUAAAUCUGUUAGGAUACACGGAAGUGACUUAGACAAAGAACGGAAGAGCAAGAGAUUGAGCAAGGCAAUUGAAGGAUGGCUGGAAUUGGAUCACGAUAAUGUGAUGCCAAUUUUCGGCAUGGCACUUGGAUUUGGCCCAUUACCAGCCUUGGUGUGCCCAUGGAUGGAGAAUGGCACUCUGACACAUUACUUGGAGCAGAACUACCAUCAAAUUACCGCCUCAGCCCGAAAGGCACUGCUUUUGGAAAUCAUUUCCGCAGUUCUUUAUCUGCAUGAUCAUGGCGUUAUCCACGGAAGUCUUUCUGGGUCGAAUGUCUUCAUCAACGAUCUCGGACGAGCAUGUGUGGCUGACUUCGGGAUGGCAGCUCUACUAUUGGAGUUUUCUAGCGAGUCAUAUUUCUCUUCUUCCAUUGGAGGGGCGGUGAGAUGGAUCGGACCAGAGCUUUUCCAAGUUCCGGACGACUCAAGCGAUUCUGUGGGCUUCCCUAGUACUCAAGGUGAUGUAUAUUCCUUUGGAUGUAUCAUGCUUCAAGUUCUUUCUGGCAAAAUCCCAUAUCAUUACUUCCAGCGUGACACACAGGUCUUCUUUGCGAUAUCUACAGGCGUCAAGCCAUUGCACCCAGACACCUCCUGUGUCAAUGACGCUCAAUGGAGCGUUAUCCAGCAAUGCUGGUUGGCUCCACGACAACGCCCCAUUAUGGAAAAACUCCACUAUCUCGUUAAUGAACUAGAGGUCUGAUUCAUGAGGCUUCCUUGUUACGGCCUUACGAACCUUGUCUCCCUAGGUGCUAUAGUCCUAGCACAGCACGAACCCGCGAUGAUUUGCACUAUU